AAGUAAAACUAGUAAAACGAAAAAUGAGUUCCAAUUCCAAACUGAAUCCUCUUUCCACAGAGGUAGCAAAGGAUGAAGCAUACCGCUAUGCUUUAUUACUUAGUACUAUUCGAGUCUUCCCUGCAUUUCUAAAUGCUGCUGUUGAUCUCAAUUUGUUUGAGAUUAUAGCUAAGUCUAGUUCAUAUGGUUCAAACAUGUCUGCAUCUGAGAUUGCUUCUCAUAUGCCAAACCAACACCCAGAACUAGCCAAUAGGCUUGAGCGCAUGUUGCCUUUGUUGGCUAGUUACUCUCUUCUAACUUGUUCAAUUCGCACCAAUGAAGAUGGUAAGAAUGAAAGAGUUUAUUCUCUCUCACAUGUUGGUGAAUACUUUGCAUAUGAUAAAGUUGGAGGUUCUACAGCUCCACUCUCAACUUUAUUGCAUAGAGGAUUUGAUGCCAUGUGGAUGAAUGUAAAGGAUGCAUUUGAAGAUGCUGAUAGUAAUAUAUAUGCAGAGAAAGUCUUUGGAAUGCCAUUGUAUAAACAUAUAGAGACAGAUAAAGAGCUGAGUGAUAUUUUUAUGAAAGCAAUGGCUCAUGUCACCCCAUUAGAAAUGAAAAUAAUCCUUGAAAUAUAUAAGGGAUUUGAUGGAGUUUCAACUCUGGUUGAUGUUGGAGGUGGAAUUGGACAAGCCUUAAAAGGGAUUAUCUCAGAUUAUCCUUCAAUAAAAGGAAUUAAUUUUGAUUUGCCUCAUGUGGUUCAAAAUGCCCCACCUCAUCAAGGGAUAGAGCAUAUUGGAGGAGAUAUGUUUGAGUGUGUUCCAGAGGGUGAUGCUAUUAUGCUAAAGGAAGUAUGUCAUAAUUGGUCAGAUGAAAAAUGUGUGAAACUUUUAAAAAAUUGCUACAAAGCUUUGCCACAACAUGGAAAGGUAAUUAUUCUGGACUGUAUAAUGCCAGAAACUCCGAAUUCUAGCACUGCAUCAAAGCAUGCUUGCAUUGCCGACAGUCUUAUGUUUCUAACACAUGGUGGAAAGGAAAGAACUGAGAAAGAAUUGGAGAACUUAUGCAGAAGCUCUGGAUUUUCUAGAUUUCAUGUUGCUUGCAAUGAUUUCUCAGCUAUGUCAGGAGUAAUUGAAUUUUAUAAAUAAAAAAUUACUCAGCUGUAAUUGGGAAUCUUGAUAUGUUAGUGAUGGGCCUAUGCGCUGAAAGGGAAGGAAUAAGUGAAUUAGUUAGUUACAGAAAUAUUAAAGAAGGUUCUAAGUUGAUAGGAUAAAAGGGACGGGAGUGUGUGUAGCGAGGGAGGCAUGUGUUGAGUGAAUUUGGAGUGGGACUUGGGAAAGGAUCUCUUGCGAUUUCUUUGAGGCCCAGGUAUGUUGGUCUUGAAGAAUGAGUUGAGAUCUUAGUUACUGUCAUAGUUGUAUUUUCUGCGUUGUCAUUUUAAUAUUGGCAUUGUCCAGGUGUGAAGUCUGUAGGAUGAAUAUAGAAUUUGUUGAUACUCUGUCCUUUGUCGUUAUU